GAAGCAAGAAACCUAAAUAAAACAUAAUUUAAUGUGUGGUUAUUUGAUUUGUGAUGAGUGGUGAUAUGCAGCACAGACGGAGGCAGGGAGGCACAUCAUAUAAACUCAUCCCUUCCAUUCAUUUUUAUUUAACAUUCCAACGACACCCACCACUUCUUCCAAUCAGAUGUGCGACGAUCACUGGGUCAAGGUCGCCAUGGCCGACGACUCCCUGGUCGUCGACCUUCUCCUCCGCCUCCACCGCUCUCCGCCUCCGCCGCCCUGCCUCAACCUCCACUGGACGGUGCGUCAGCGCCGCUCCAGAUCCGCUCACAACAAAGCGGAGUCCACCAGGGCCAGCCCCACCACGCCGCUCUCAUGGAGCGGCGCCACGUCAGCAAGCGGCGGCAACCUCGAUGGCUACGAGGAGUCCAAACCAUCCCAGACCUCAAGAUCUAAGGUUGCUAAUCCCAGCGAAACAGCCACUACCAGAAAGACAAGGAGAAAAAAGACCUUAACUGAACUAAAAGAGGAGGAGGAUUUGUUGCUGAAAGAAAGAAGAAAUUUGGAAAAAGAACUGGCAUCCUUGCGUCUCACUAUUCAGAAACAUAGAGCCACAAAUGAAAGCAUAAAGAGAUUGAAGCUUGAUUUUGAGUCACGGCAGAAUUCUAGUGCUGCUGCUACGGCCUCUGAGGUGUCUGGGAAAGCUGUGAAUGGCCCAUUUCAAUUUGUAAAAUCAGAGUGUCAUCCAUCUAAUUCCGUCACACAUGACGAUUCACCUGUUUGUGCAGCAAAUGCUUCUCCCAAAGCACAAGAUAAUAUGGGUAACCGAGAAUCUACAUUCGUGCUCCCUGAUCUAAAUUUGCCUGCCGAUGAGGAUAUCAACGCCAAUGUCAUGCAUUGAACUGAAUUAGCUAAUAAAGGAUAGGAUCUCGAAUGACAUUCCGCAUACUGAUAAGUUGGACAAACGUCAUCUUGCAAGUAUGCCUAAAAGUAAUAGUAUAAGGUAUAGCAUGUCAGUCCUAACAAAUUAGAUUUUGCUACUGUAAUUGUAGAUGUUAAACCAUUCACUUUUCCCACUUGGUCAAAAACUGAUGUGGAAAUUGUUUUUUCUUCUUCUUUUUUUUCAUUCGUGAAUCUGAGGGUAGUGUAGAAAUCCUAACACAUCAGGCUUAGUUCCAUUCUUUUUUCUUCACAUGUUUCUACAUUGUCCAAAAUUCUUUGUGGCAACCCUCGAUCGUCCUUUAUUAUAGAUAUAUUUUAUGAUAAAUGUAAUUACGUGUUCUAUACAUAAUUCAAGAAUUUUGGUUCUUUUA